GGAGGAGGAGUGGGGGAGUCAGAGAGAAAGUGGGGGCUCUCGCUGACUAAACGCACUUUCCCUGUGAUUGAGAGGACCUGGUGUCCCUCCAGCAUCUCCCUCCGUCCCUCGGCUUAGUUUAAUAUGUCACACCGGCGUUGGUCGCCGUCACCCGCUGGAUUUUAUUUAUAACUGAGCAGAAAAUUGGAUGGAACUCACAAACGGGCAAGACACUCCCGGAAAUAACAUGCGUACUCUCAGCCUGUCACGUACGCUCGCUGAGGAUUUGCAUCGCUGUCGGCUGCCGUAGAGAUCCAGCACAGCCUCAAGAUGUUUAUAAGACGGAUACAAACAAGAAGGCAACUAAGGAUCAUUAAAUGAGAGUAAGUGGGGAGAUAAAAGCGGGUAGAAGAAGAGGACUUGGAUAUGAAACUUCUCGCGGCUGUGGCAGAUCCUCUCCAUCCAGAGAAAUUAGCGGCUCAGCUAGAAAAUGAAGCGAGGACGUGAGCUACGUGCGCAUCCAGCAGAUGACGAGUUGAAAUGGAGAGCUUGGGACACGCGGACCUUUUAAACCCAAGCUCCUCCCGCAGAUCCGUCGCUGUUUUAGCCUCGCAGGAGAGGAGGACGAGCGGCCAGCAGCUCGUGUUUGGAGCCGCAGAGAUCCCCAGCGCGCACCGGGCGGACAUGGGGCUGAACGGCUUCUGCGCCGCGCCGGCCGAGAGUCCCACGGCUGCGGAGUUACUGGCGGGUCUGGCCUCCCAGACCGACUCCCCCGCGAUCACAACCCCGACGAUGCAGUCCAAAACCGGCGUGCCGCUCUACAACGGCGGCGUGGUGUCUCCGUCCGCCACCGUGGAGGGGAGCCAUGCAGGCGUUUUGGCUCACACACCAAACGGUUACCCGGCACACAUGAAGAGGGCGGCGGAGGUGACAGACGGCCCCACGUACCCCCUCACCAGCAGAGCCUGUCUGCCGGAGAAAGGGGACCGGACAGCUCAUGAGAAGUGCCCUUUACUGAUGAGGAGGAUCAAUGGAGACCUUAAAGCCAGACAGGUGCAGCAACAGAAACGGAGAGGUGGAGAGAACCGGGACACCGGGUCAGGGACUGUCAGUGGUCUAACCACCACAUCAGGGUCACCGGGGUCAGGGAGUCCCGUGGACCCAGUUUGCACUCCGGGGGACUCUGACUUUAAGCGGAGACGGUUGUCGGAUGGAAGUGUUGCUGCACAAGUGUUGAGCAGCAACAUUUGUGUUGCUCCCAAAUCUUCAGAGGCCCCCAGAGUGGCCCGAGCAGCCGCCCCGUUCAACUGCAGCAACAGUUCCCAUAGCAACCAAAUAACUAUCAAUCAUGUGGACUGUGUGCCCCCCCAGUCUCCCUUCACCCCUCAUACUAACCAGCACAGCAGACAUAAAGUGGCCUCCUCGGGCCCGCCAGCUGCACCCAGCCAGACCUCCCCUGUUGAGGCUAACUGCAUCCCGACCCCACCGCCUCCUGCGGCGCCCGGCUGGUCAGCAGAGCACAUAGCGCAGCAGUACGUCGUCCCCUGCAUGAAGUACUACGGCAUCUGCGUGAAGGACAACUUCCUGAGUCCUGCGCUGGGCGACAGGGUCCUGGAGGAGGUGGAGGUCCUAAACCGCAGUGGGAAGUUCCGGGGAGGGCAGCUGGUCAGCCAGAAGAACAUUCCCUCUCGGAGCAUCCGGGGCGACCAGAUCGCCUGGGUGGAGGGACGGGAGCCCGGGUGCGAGAGCAUCGGGGCCCUGAUGGCUCACAUUGAUGAGGCCAUCAUGUACAGCGCUGCCAAUGGACAGCUGGGGGACUGCAUCAUCAAUGGACGCACUAAGGCGAUGGUUGCUUGUUACCCAGGCAACGGGGCAGGGUACGUCCGCCAUGUUGACAACCCCAAUGGUGACGGACGCUGCAUCACAUGUAUCUAUUAUCUCAACAAGAACUGGGAUGUCAAGAAACAAGGAGGCUUGCUGCAGAUCUACCCUGAAGGCAAAAAUGUGGUCGCCAGCAUCGAACCUCUGUUUGACCGGCUGCUCAUCUUCUGGUCUGACCGCAGGAACCCUCACGAAGUCAAACCAGCCUACUCCACUCGCUAUGCCAUCACAGUCUGGUACUUUGAUGCCAAAGAGAGAGCUGAAGCUAAAGAGAAGUACAGAUUGGCAACAGGACAGAAAGGUGUUCAAGUGCCUGUCACCCAAAACAGCCGGACAUAAAAAUCUCACCUAAUCACUGGAGAGCACUCUGAAAGUAAUAUGUGCCUUCCUGAACUGAUGAUGGACGUCACGACCAAAUAAGGGAGACGCCGUUGAACUCAUCAGUCAUCAAUGAAGCUCCAUAUUCCACUCUCACAGUGGCAGAUAUCGAGCUCAACAGACUGGAUUGUGUGGCUGAGGUGAGAUCAGAAUGAAACGUCUUAAAAGAAGAUGUAAAGAAGAAAUAAAUUAACUUUUGACGUCUCACAGAAUCAUGUAUGAAUACAACAAACUGAAAAAAACGGACUCAUUCAUUUUAUUUUGUUGCAGUUUUUUGCCUGUUCGGUUGUCAGUGAUGUUGUGAUGUAGUGAGAAAUGAUUGUUUUGCUCUUCUCUGGGGUCAUUUUCAACACAAACACAAGGAGCAUAAAUGAUGAAUCAGUGGAAAAGGGUGCAAAAAGAAUGGGCCUCAUUCACCAAUAUAUAAAGGUUUUUCUGUAAUUAAUUCUUAAGGAAAAAGCUUAAGAAAAGUCGGUAACACUAUACAUAUUUAAUCUUAAAAAAACAAUUUCUUAAAGUUAUAUGAAUCAUUUCAAAAAGCAUUAAUAUACUUAAUAUGGUGUUAAAAUGGGUAACACUUUACAAUAACCAUCAUUUAUAAAUGGUAAACAGAUA